ACACCACAAUCCGUGUAACCGUGUUUCUUACCUGAGUGAGAGGAUCCUAGCCUUUUGCACACACGACACAGACAAACACACCCUCAAACAGGUUCUCAUAGGUUGAAUUGAAAAUUUCAUUAAUGUUUUAUUAUUACCACCUUCAACUCAGAAAAAAGAAACAAACUCGUUGAGGUGGGAUCGAGAUGAGAAAAACAACAACUACUAUUCAAACAACAACAAAGCAAAGGUAUUUGAGGUUUUGAGGGAGGACCCUUUUGGUUCUUCAUAGUGGUGUUUUAGGUGCUAUGCCGUACUUCCACUGUGUAAGCACAAAAUCUGACAACAACAACAGAAUCUUCAUAGAUUGUGGGGAACAAAAAGGGUACAAUAACCAUAGUGUUGAAAUUGAAGAAUAUUUUCUGAGUUUUUUCAAUCAGAGUUGUGUGAUGUAGAAAUUGGCACUGAUGUUGUGAUAGCUGAUCUGGGUGUUGCUCAAAUCACUUUUUGUGAUAUGGGUUUUGUGAUUUUGAAGUGUGAUACUUUUGAGUUGAGACAUUAGUUUUGGUGGUUAAAGUUUGGUGACUCUUCUUCUCCAUCGCAAGCUUUCAUCUUUACUUGGGGUCUAAGAAUUUUGGUUGCUAUUGUUAUUGUUAGUAUGGUGUCUAAAGUUUAGAGCUUUGAUUUGUUUGAGUUGAGUUUGCCACGUGACAUGUCGGCAGCGUCGCCGUCGCCGGCGACAUCAACGGCUGCGCCACCGCUACAAACACCACCUUCUUCCAACAAUACUAGUCCUUCACCGUCCACCGCUACCACUCCACCGUUGCAACAAACCCCUCCUUCCACUUCACCGCCACAACAACCGGCUUCUCCGCCGCCGUCGACCCCUUCUCCGGCGAAUCCGCCGCCGUCAUCACCACCUAGUUCUCCGCCUCCCCCCAUGUCAGGAACCCCACCUCCUUUAGUACCUCCACCAUCUCCACCGCCAUCACCACCGCCGUCUACUCCGGCGGCGCAGCCAGCGGUGCCACCGAGCUCUCCACCGCCACCACCAUCACCAUCACCAUCAGUUCCAUCAAGCCCUCCACCAUCAAACCCUCGUAACAACACAUCUCCACCACCUUCACCACCACCACAACCACCAGCUCCACCACCUCAACCACCAGCUCCACCAGCUAACAACACUUCACCACCACCACAGCGAAAUUCGCCACCCCCUCCAGCUGCCACGCCGCCCCGGACCUCCCCACCGCAAACUUCACCAUCCCCUCCGGCUGCACCGCCUCCUAGAAACUCCACUAGGUUGCCGCCACCGGUUAAUUCACCACCACCGCCGGUGGAUGCACCUCCACCGAGGUCAUCGUCGCCACCAGCACCAGCACCAUCCACCCCUCCUUCUAGGACUAGUCCUCCUCCCACACCAAGUUCUCAACCAGCUCCACCUUCAAAUUCUACACCAAGGUCAUCACCUCCAUCGCCACCUUCAAUUACUAAUUUGGCCCCAUCCCCGCCAUCACGAAUUUUGUCAUCGCCACCACCGCCACCGGCUCAGAAUGGGACAGAAAACUCAAGCCCUGAUGGAGGUGGAGAUGGAAUUGGCAUUGGUGGUGUAGUGGCUAUUAGUGUGGUGGCUGGAUUUCUGCUGCUUGGCUUCAUUGGUGUUCUUAUAUGGUGCAUGAGGAGAAAAAAAAGAAAGGUGCUUGUGAGUGGUGAUUAUGUCAUGCCAUCCACUCUUGCCUCAUCUCCUGAAUCCGAUUCAUCCUUUUUUAAGACACACUCCUCAGCUCCUCUUGUACAAAGUGGCUCUGGCAGUGAUGUUGUGUACACACCAUCUGAACCUGGUGGACUAGGCCACUCAAGGUCAUGGUUUUCAUAUGAAGAACUAAUCAAGGCCACAAAUGGUUUCUCAACUCAAAAUCUUUUGGGUGAGGGUGGAUUUGGAUGUGUGUAUAAAGGGUGCCUUCCUGAUGGGAGAGAGAUAGCAGUCAAACAGCUGAAGAUUGGUGGAGGCCAGGGGGAGAGAGAAUUCAAGGCUGAAGUGGAAAUUAUCAGUCGUAUACAUCAUCGCCAUUUGGUUUCUUUAGUGGGAUACUGCAUUGAAGACAACAAAAGACUACUUGUCUAUGACUAUGUCCCUAACAAUACCCUUUAUUUUCAUCUACAUGGGGAAGGUCAGCCUGUAUUAGAAUGGGCUAACCGUGUGAAAAUUGCAGCUGGUGCAGCCCGAGGACUAACUUAUCUCCAUGAAGACUGCAACCCUAGGAUCAUUCACAGGGAUAUCAAGUCAUCAAACAUUCUUUUAGAUUUCAAUUAUGAAGCCAAGGUCUCUGAUUUUGGGCUAGCCAAAUUAGCUCUUGAUGCAAAUACACAUAUAACCACUCGUGUCAUGGGAACUUUUGGGUAUAUGGCCCCUGAGUAUGCGUCAAGUGGCAAAUUGACUGAGAAGUCUGAUGUAUAUUCUUUUGGAGUCGUGCUUUUGGAGCUAAUUACCGGAAGGAAGCCAGUAGAUGCAUCCCAACCUUUGGGAGAUGAGAGCUUAGUUGAAUGGGCUCGACCUUUACUGAGUCAUGCACUCGACACUGAGGAAUUUGAUAGUUUGGCAGAUCCAAGGCUAGAAAAGAAUUAUGUUGAGAGUGAAUUGUAUUGCAUGAUUGAAGUUGCUGCUGCUUGUGUGCGGCAUUCAGCUGCAAAGAGACCUCGCAUGGGACAGGUUGUUAGAGCUUUUGAUAGCUUAGGAGGUUCUGAUCUAACUAAUGGAAUGCGACUUGGGGAAAGCGAGGUGUUUGACGCACAGCAAUCUGAAGAAAUAAGAUUAUUUCGGAGGAUGGCAUUUGGUAAUCAAGAUUAUAGCACAGACUUCUUUAGCCGUGCUAGUUUGAAUCCAUGAAAGGCCACUGUACAUACUGGAAGAGCUUAUUUUGGACCAAAAUAUCUUGUGAAGAAGCCAAGGGGAGGCCCUGGUUAAGUUUUCUUGGUUGCUUGCAGAUAUGGCUAAGGUGCACUGUUGGUUUUGAUUCUGGAAUUUGACUGCAUCAGGUUCAGAUCCUCAUUCUUGUGCCUGAAUUUCAUUAUUCUUUUCAUUAGCUGGUUUUUUGGCAGCAAUUUUGCUUUUGUAAUUAGAAUUUGUAAAGUUAAUUUUUACACUCACGAUAACAAAGAUUAACAUAUUAGUUGUGUAAUGAUAGAAAAGAUGUGACUCCUUUUUUCAUGUCUUCUACAUAUUCUUUUGAAUUUCUAACGCAA